GUAGCAUAUUGAGAAGGGUGCAUAGACGGGCUAAAGAAAGAAACAAGUUCCCAUAUAAUUAACGUCUUGAGAAUGAGCUUUGAUUCUUUGCCAUAGAACAAUGAUAAGGAGUUGUUUAAGCAUAUUGCUUGUUUUUUUUUUCUGAAAUAGAAAGGGAUGUUAGUGAAACAAUAUUAAAGGCAUGUGGUAUAAUCACAAGAUCUGGAAUCACGAAUUUCACUGAUAGGUAUCUUCUUAGUAUAGGAUCGAAUGGUGAAUUGAAGAUGCAUCAGUUGGUUCAAGAGAUGGGAAGGGUUGAGGUACAUCAAGAAUCACUUGACAAGCCAUAAAAGUGAAGUCGAAUGUGGUCUGAUAAGGAGUCAUUCAGAGUGUUGAAACAAAAAAAGGGUAAGGGAAAUGUUCUAGAACUAUCCCUUGAUAUGCGCAUGCUUAACAAAGAGAAGUUAGGAGCAUCAUUUGAGCUCAAUGAUUCUCAAAUCGAGGAUAGGGAUAUGGUCAUAAACAUAAGAAACUCUUCCUCCGCCUUUAUGAAUGCUAUUCCAAGUGAUUUGAAGUUGUUUACAAUUUCUUUACCGAGCUAUAUGAGAAACCUUUCUAGGCUUGAGAUUCUUAGUAUGGUGAAUCGUAAAAAAUUGAAGUCGGUUAAGCUUCCUCCACGUACACUAAGCAGGUUGUUCCUCUUUUCUCAUCAUGGGAGUUUUGUAAAGAAAGAUGUACUUGAUCCGGAAAUGUCCCCACUAGAGUUAUCAUCAAACUGGUGGUUAGAUUUCACACCAGGUCCUAUGAAAUCGAAGGCAUGA